AUGGCCCCCGCCGUCCUCCCCGCCCGCGCGCCGGCGACAGGUGCUGCGGGCGCCGCCGCUCGCCUGGAAAUGCGAGCUUACCUGGGCAGGCGCUCCAGGCCCGCCCCCAUCCCCCGCUCCGGGGCCAGGACGCGGUGGCUACGUCCCGGGGUCAAUGUGGGCAGUGGGGACUCACAGAACCCCUUGGUACCAAGCCACCGGCCACAGACACCAUCCGGCAAAAAGCUGAAGCUGACACACCCAGCCCUGUCCUGCAAGUGGAAACAGGACCGUGAGCUAUCUCUGGCAGCCGCCUACGUGCCCGUGGUGCUGGACCCCCAGGGGCAGAACCGGGACAAGCUCAGGUUCAACUUCUAUACCUCCCAGUAUUCCAACUCUCUGAAUCCCUUCUACACUUUGCAGAAGCCUACCUGUGGCUACCUGUACCGCCGGGAAACGGACCACACUCGCAAACAUUUUGACGUGCCUCCUGCUAAUGUGAUCUUAUGGCGCACCUAA